AACCAGCAAAUGCAUGCACGAUGCCAAAUUUCGAAAAAAAUGCUUAAAUGUUCUGCUUAUUUUGUCAAAAGUUUUGCCAAACUUUUGUGGAUGUUAGAAGUAAUUACUAUUUUGUGUACCCAUAAUAUUGUGAAUUCUUAAUAGCAGCUGAUUGUACUCUGUAUGCGGUUGAUGCAGUGACUGAUCUGCCUGCGGUGUGUGCCAUCACUGCCAUGAAAUGCCGAUCCCCCUUCAUCUGGAUCCUACACUGCCUGAAAUCCGCCUGGCGCCUCUUAUGUGGCAAGAAGCGUCCCAACCCCGAAACGGCCGGACCCCUGACGGGCGUUACCGUUAAUCCCGCACCUUCUAGUCCUUUGGUGCAGCAGGGCAGCGACGCAUGGUCGUCCAACUGGGAUAACGCGCCCAGCGUGAACAGCUCGUCUGAACCAGCGGCGAUGUCUUCUCUGGGAUUGACCCGCGGGAACAGCGUUAAAUACUCCGCCACGGAGGCCUGGAGGGAGUCGUUGAUUAAACAGAAGACGGCGCCGCCUCCGCCGCCCGAAGUCGAAGAGGAGCAGAAUUUCUUCGACCAUAUGGAGCCCACGCUCCGCAAACCCAAAAUGGUGAAAGUGUGGAGUGACGCCGAGAGCGCUGCUCAAGAUGAAUUUUCCUCGCGCUUAUCUUUUAAGCCAGCUGCUGUGCCCAAUCUCAAAGCGGAAUUGGACUGGAUGGAAGAAGGCGAAGGGGCCGGAAGUUGGGAAGCAUCCAUCGACGAAAUAGAUCCGCGUGCAGCUAAAAAGGCUAAGAGGAAAGCAGCUAAGGAGCAAGCCGCAUCUUCCGCCCAACAGACUCAAGAUGCGCGUGUCCGGAAGCAAAUGGUUUAGAAUAGAACUUUCCCAGAAGAAACCGUGUCUUCCCCUUUUCUCCGCGUCUUAUAAACGAAAAUACUGAUACUGUCUUGCGUUUCAUCAGAAGUGGUAGGUGCAUAUCAGUAUGUUCGUUUUUCUAAUCAUUUUUUAAUUGUAUUAAAAGCAGUUUUUUGUUUUGUUGGAUUACGUUGGUUCUCUGCAAAAUCCGGUGGUUAAAAUUGAUAAAAUAUUAUUUCUCAAACGUUA